AUGGCUGGAGCUACAUACAUCUUUGGAAAGGGAGGAGGACUUAUCACAUACACAUGGCCCAAUAACGAGAGGCCCAGCACUAGAACUGAUAGACUGGCGGUGGGCUUCAGCACCACCAUCAAGGACGGGAUUCUGGUCCGCAUUGACAGCGCCCCCAGACUAGGAGACUACAUCAUGCUCCAUAUCGAAGAAGGAAAGGUGGGGGUAACAUUCAACAUUGGCACGGUGGACAUAAGCGUGAAAGAGAUGACUACGGAAGUUAACGAUGGAAAAUAUCAUGUUGUGCGCUUCACAAGGAAUGGGGGAAACGCCACCUUACAAGUGGACAACUGGCCAAUCAACGAGCACUUUCCAUCAGGCAACAGCGACAAUGAGCGUUAUCAAAUGGCUAAUAAGAAAAUUCCAUUCAAAUAUACCCGGCCGGUCGAAGAUUGGCUACAUGAGAAAGGUCGUCAGCUGACCAUUUUUAACACUCAAGCCACCAUCUCAAUAGGCGGUAAUGACCGCAAGCAACCAUAUCAAGGCCAGCUGUCUGGUCUUUAUUACAAUGGCCUGAAGGUUCUCAACAUGGCAGCUGAAGGUCAUGCUAACAUCAAGAUAAAUGGCAGUGUGAGACUGGUGGGGGAUGUUCCCACCAGCAGAAGUCCCUCACGUAGCACCACCUCCAUGCCACCAGAGAUGUCCACCACCUUCAUCGAGACCACCACCACCCUGUCAACCACCACUACCCGCAAACAGCGCUCACCACCCACCAUUCAGACAACAGAUGACAUUGUGUCCUCUGCAGAAUGUUCUAGCGAUGACGAGGAUCUGGAGGAGUGUGACGGGGGACACACAGGAGGGGAGUUAGUUAUCCCUAUUCUAGUUGAGGAUCCCAUAGACAUCCCCCCUGUUUCCACUCGAGCCCCUUUCAUCCCCCUUCCCCCGACCCUUCACCCUGUCCUCACCAUUAUUGAGACCACAAAAGAGUCCCUGUCAAUUGCCACUGAGGCGGGGGUACCUUGCUUGUCGGACCAAGGCAGCGAUGAUUGUGAUGAUGAUGGUGAUGAUGAUGAUGGUGAUGGCUUGGUGAUAUCGGGGUUUGGCUCUGGGGAGGCCUUCGACUCUAGCCUCCCCUCUACUGACGAUGAAGAUUUUUACACCACCUUCUCCUUGGUAACAGAUAAGAUCUUGACCACGUCGACCUAUGAAGGUGGCUACAAAGCUCUUGCGCCCAAGUGGGAAGUAAAGGACUUUAAACCUAGCAAGGCCUCUGAGGCAGGCAGGACUACGGCCAUCCCGCCUCUGCCUGACUUCAGGAGCUCAGCGGCAUCACCCGUCACGUCUGAGACUGCUCUUAACAUCCCAGCUGGGAAAAUGAACAACCGUGAGAUCAAACCCCAACCUGGCAUAGUGCUACUACCACUCCCCACAUCUUUCGACAUGGACGGCACCAAACCCAGGGGGCCGUAUAUCACCCAACCCAUGUUGCGCACCAUCCCCAGUGCUCUGCCCACCAUGCCAGGUAUCAGGAGAGUGCCUCCUGGUGCCUCAGAGGUAAUACGUGAGUCCAGCAGCACUACGGGUAUGGUGGUGGGUAUUGUCUCUGCUGCCGCCCUGUGCAUCCUCAUCCUCCUCUAUGCCAUGUACAAAUACAGGAACAGGGACGAGGGCUCCUAUCAGGUAGAUGAAACACGGAACUACAUCAGCAAUUCCGCACAGAAUAAUGGCACAGUAGUCAAAGACAAACAUCCCAGCACUAAGGGUGCCAGCAACAAGAGACCCAAAGACAAGGACAAGGAAUACUAUGUAUAAGACAAAAUCUGAAUGAAAAAACAUACACAGAACAACAUCUGAGAAAUCUUAAACAGAAAACAACAAUUUUACACAAAAAUCCUUUAAGAACUCAAACACACUGAGUCAAAAUGAACCCAUUUCCAAGUUAUGUGAUUUGAAGCACACUUAAGCAUAUGGUAAGCAUAGUGAGAAGGCAAAUAGGACUCUGGGGACCUUGAUACCUAACUUUCUGUCUGGUUGUGGAACAAUGCCAGUGUAAAAUAUCUCAUUGUUACAUUGUUAUCCCUCAAGUGACUUUCUGAGGUACAAAAUCCUUGGUGUAAAAAAAAAAAACAAAAAAAAAAACAACAACAACAAAGCAGCCCUUGUCCGUUGUAACCCUGUACAAAUAAAUGAUGAUCGUGGGUAAUGGUCAUGAUUUUGGACAUGCAUGUGAUGUGUGUGAUGUAGUACUGAUGUCUUUGCAAAGAGGAGAACCAGAGGAUGUUGUUUUGGAGAUGCAAAGUUGAAAAAUUUGCCAUAAAACAGUACUUUCCUAACCCACACUGGAGAAGUGUUCCAUUAAACAAAUUGUAUGUUUUUUUGUUUUGUUUGUUUGUUUGUUUUUUUUAUAUGCGUUUCAGGGGUUUCAUGUGGAUAAAUUACCUCUUUUUUAUUGUAUUAACAUGCAUAUUUUUCCUUAGUUUCUUUUUUUCCCUCCUUUUUACAGUACAUUCUUUUCUUCCAGUAUCAGUCAAGGACUAAUAUACUUUAACUUUCAUAUUCUGAUUGAGCUCUGUCAUCUAUAGCCAGAUUCAACUAAAAAUGCAUCGAUCUUUUACAAACUGAAAAUGAGACAUUCAACAUUAAAUUCAUGAAUCCCUAUUUCAGUUUUGACUUCUUAAGUCAUAUGCUACACACACACAACUCACAUAUGGAUCAACUGAACAUAGCAUGACGACUGAAGGAGGGCUGAAAUAUGAAUUUAUUUGGGAAAGACAAAGUAUAUAUUUCAUGUUUUCACAGUCAUCUGUGUCAAACAAUAAAUAUGUUUACAUAUUAUAUUACAUCAUAGAUGAAGUACUUUGUAGAUCAUUAUUGUACAUAAUAGUUGAUUUUGACAUUUUCAUACUCUUUCUGUACAAAUUGAACAAACAACUUUGUUCACUGUAGCUUGUCCUGUGAAGUCCAAAAGUCUGUGCAAACACUGAAAAUCUGAUAUUCAAAAUGUAAUAUAAGCAGGGAAAUUAACAGAAGGUUUCAGGAUUUAUGGGAGAAAAAUAAAUAUUACUUUAUUGUGAGCAAUGAAGACGAAAAAUAUAAGGUUCUAAACUAAUUUCUGUUUUGCUAAUUAGAUAACCUAUUUGUCUAACUUCAGAUCUGUCAAAGAGUCAGAUUUCCCUGCGUCCAUUUAUGUACACAAACUAAUUCUAACAUUUUAUUCAAAUUGCUUAUGUUACUGUAUUAUUUUAUGACAACUAAAUUAAAAAAUUGAUAAAUUCAAAACAGAAGAAUUUUACAUCUGUGGUCCCAGACGUUUGGACCCAACUGUACCUGCAAGAGUAUUGUAUGUUAUUCUGUCUCUAUGGUGUUAAAUCAGAUUUUUGAAAACCAUAAGACAUUAACUAGUAGAAAUCACUCUCCACACAAUCAAAGCUCCAUGUAACUGGUUAUUUUACAACUGUUUGUUGUUUUCUAUUUAAACAAGGUUACAAGACCUCAUAAAAUAACGGUGGAUGAUGGAUUGGAUUCAUACUGCCACCACAUUUCUGAAAAACUCACAAUUAAUAAUUUUUGUCUGUGUCUUGUCUCAUUCUGUGUAUUUAUGAUUUUCAACAUGUUGCGCUGUUGUCGUGCAGUCUUCUAGGUUUGUUGCAUUUGUGCUGGCAGUAGUUGCAAACUUCUCAUUUGUUUCGCAUGUAUAUUUAUUCUUUUAUUUAUCAUCACAGCACUCAAGAGUUGUGUGCUGUAAUUCUGAUUUUAUGUUACUUUAUUUUAUUUAUUUUUUUCCUGUUCAUCAGUUACUGUUUUCACUUUUGACAGCUAUGUCCAGCAAUAAAAUGUUCCCAGUUGUUUUCAAG